CCGUCUUGAAAACCGGAAGUAAUCAUCUUAUUGUUGCUAGCUUCACGGAACUGAUUCUCUCACUGGCUCUGUAACUAUUGAGCGUGUUCUAAGUCUCAAGUUCAUACAGUGCUGAUGCAGACUGCAGUCAUGAAGAGUUCCAAGGAAGCCAUCCAGAUCGCCGCCAAAGAGUUUCUUCAGUUCGUCAACCGGGGAGUGUCUCCUUACCACGUGGUGGAGGAGUGCAAGUCCAGACUGCAGAGUGCAGGAUUCAAAGAGCUGAAGGAGGCUGAUCACUGGGACAUCAAACCUUCCUGCAAGUACUUUGUGACAAGGAACUACUCUACCAUCAUCGCCUUCGCUGUGGGUGGGCAGUACCAGGCUGGCAAUGGAUUCAGUGUGAUCGGCGCGCACACUGACAGCCCCUGCCUCAGGGUGAAGCCCAGGUCGAAGAAGACUCAUCAAGGCUGCCUGCAGGUUGGGGUGGAGUGCUAUGGAGGAGGCAUCUGGAACACCUGGUUUGAUCGGGACCUCACUAUUGCUGGGAGGGCUAUUGUUAAGAGUGCUGAAAAGCUGGUACACCGCCUGGUUCAUGUCCAGCGCCCCAUCCUCAGGAUCCCCAACCUCGCCAUCCAUCUGCAGAGGGACGUUAACGACAGCUUCGGCCCCAACAAAGAGAACCACCUUGUUCCCAUUCUGGCCACCGCUGUCCAGGAAGAGCUGGAGACAGGAUCCUGUUCCUCCGGGGAUGCCUGCAAUGCCCUCAAAACAUCGGAGAAGCAUCAGCCGGCCCUCCUGAACCUGAUCUGCAGUGAGCUGGGAGUGGAGGUAGACUCCAUUCUGGAUUUUGAACUUUGUCUUGUUGAUACACAGCCUGCAGCACUAGGGGGUGCUUUUGAAGAGUUCAUCUUCUCCCCAAGGCUGGACAACCUCCACAGCUGCUACUGUGCUUUGCAGGGUUUGAUUGACUCCAGCAGCACAGGGGACUCCCUGGUCAAAGACCCCCACAUCCGAGUGGUAACCCUCUACGAUAACGAGGAGGUGGGUUCGGAGAGUGCCCAGGGUGCCAUGUCCUCCCUGACGGAGCUGAUCCUGCGGCGCCUGUCCUCCAGCCCCAACAACCUGACCGCCUUCGAGGAGUCUGUGUCUCGUUCCUACAUGAUCAGUGCUGACAUGGCUCACGCUGUGCACCCCAAUUACCAAGAGAAGCACGACGAAAAUCACAGACCUGCUUUUCACAAGGGUCCAGUGAUUAAGUUUAACAGCAACCAGCGCUACGCUACCACAGCAGUGACGGCUUCUGUCCUGAGAGAAAUUGCAAGCAGAGUCGACGUCCCACUACAGGAUGUGAUGGUGAGGAACGACAGCCCCUGUGGGACAACGAUCGGCCCCAUUCUCUCCUCCAAGCUGGGAAUGCGAGUCGUGGACCUGGGCAGCCCGCAGCUCUCCAUGCACUCCAUCCGGGAGAUGUGCUGCACCUCUGGGGUGCUCCAGACGACCUCUCUCUUCAAGGGGUUCUUUGAACACUAUCCUGCAGUGAGCAGCUGUAUGACUGUGGAUUAGACGGGACCUCCUGGAACUGCAAGGACCCUGCCGGCCCCACUCCUCCCACAGCAUUCAUGCUCCUGGAAAUUCUGAUUGCUAAUACUGGGAGACCUGUUUGUUUGUUUGUUUGUUUGUUUGUUUGUUUAAGUUGUAGUGUAGUCAUGGUUAUGGUAUUGCUGUUCAAAUAAUGCCCUCGACCUCCAGCCUCUGGAUUUCCAGUAUUGCCUUGUAACACAGCAAUACCAGUAUCCUUUGAAUAACAGAUCUUUAGCCAGUAUCCCAGUACAAAUGAUUUUGUAUCUAACUAAGCGUUUGCAUCUUUCUGAACACCUUUUAUUUGUUUAUUUUAUUAUUUGUCACAAGAGCUUGCUGCUCUCAUUGAAGAAAGUGGUAGGUUUCAGCCCACCUUGAUUUGCAGGCCCUGCUUUGUUCUGAGAUUGUAGACCAUCUCCUUUAAGAUUGUAGAUUAGUGUGUAAUCCCUUUGGGAGUGCAGCAGCCAUGUUCUGCUCCUUUGGAAAUGCUGCUGUAGGCUGAUGAAUACGUGGAGGGAUUGGGCUCUUCUAGUGGGGUUGGGCACAGUUAAACUAAUAGCAGGUCAAAUUGAAUUCUUUCAGCAUCUGACUUCAGAUUUUACAACCCAAAGGUAAUGUUGGCUUUAUUUAAGAAGGCAACAAGAACAACGCAGACUUACAAAAUAGUGUGUGAGAGAAACCAACUAGGGAGACAGUCGCAAUUAAUGGCAUUAAAACCUGUUUUAAUAUAUUUGUGAUUAUCAUGCACAUUUUUACUGAUUUGAUAAAUGUAGAUUUUAUUGUCGUCCAACCUUACCUCUUGGGUUGUAAAAUAUGAAGUCAUUCUGUCCUUUUUUCUGUUAAACUGAUAAAAGUGAGGAUAUUGGGGUCUAUUCAAUUGGUCCAAACAGCAGUGAAUCUAAAUACUGCUGUCAUUUAAAUCAAUAAAGUAUGUGAUUCCGAUAUGACUUUUCUUUCUUCAUAUUUUACAGAUGGGCUUAAACUAAGAGAAUAGCAUAAAUAUCUUGGAAAUUGUUCUUAUGAAUUUGAUUAAACUUUUGAAUGGACAUUUGUUAUACAAUUCCCUACAUGCUGUGGGGGUUUUCACUUUGCUACAGAAUUGUUAGAAUCGAUAUAAAACAAUAGAUACUAAAAUUGUUGUUUGCUUAAAAUAGCCUAACCCAGGUGUGGGUGUGUUUUGAAGUAUUGCAUGUUUAAUUCAAGCACCUGCUAAAGGUCAGUCAUUAGGAGGCUGUGUGGUCCAGUGGUUAAAGAAAAGGCCUUGUAACCAGGAGGUCCCUGGUUCAAAUCCUACCUCAGCCACUGACUCAUUGUGUGACCCUGAGCAAGUCAUUUAACCUCCGUCUUCCGGGUGAGACAUAAUUGUAAGUGACUCCUGCAGCUGAUGCAUAGUUCACACACCCUAGUCUCUGUAAGUCGCCUUGGAUAAAGGCGUCUGCUAAAUAAACAAAUAAUGAUAAAAUAAUAAUUAACAUGUCAUUUUAAAUUAACAUUUAAAGUACUGUUUUUAGUUUA